AUGCCUUCAUUCGGCGAUUUCAUCCACACCCAAUUCAUCCUUGACAUCCCAAAGCCCUCGGCCUCCUUCGCCCACAAGACCGUCAUCGUCACCGGCGCCAAUGGAGGCCUGGGCAAGGAGAUCGCCAAACACAUCAUCCGUCUCGGCGCCAGCAAGGUCAUAUUUGGCUGCCGCAGCUUGGCCCGGGGCAACGAGGCCAAAUCAGAGGUCGAGGCCCUUCUACACUGCUCUCCUGAUGUAAUUGAGGUGUGGGAGCUCGAUCUCGAGUCACCCUCGUCGAUCAAGAAGUUCGUUGAUCAGACCAAUGCCCUGCCUCGAUUAGACAGCUUUAUCAGCAAUGCUGGCAUCGGCUCCGCCGGAUUUAAGGUCGUCUAUGACACCGAGCGCACCCUCGCUGUCAACGACAUCGGCACUUUCUUGCUCGCGAUACAACUAAUACCGAAGCUCAAGAAGACGGCCAAAGAAUACACGACCACGCCGAAUAUGGCCAUUGUAACAUCAGCCCUGUACGACGUGGCCAAGUAUCCCGAGAAACAUGGGCGAGACAUCUUCACCUGGUUCAAAGAUGAGUCGCACGUAAAUAAGAUGAAUCAAUACAACCUCUCAAAGCUACUGCAAUUGUACAUCAUCAGAAAGCUGUGCGGCGCCGUCGAUCCGGCCACAAUUGUCAUCAACUCUGUUGACCCGUGUUUUUGUAAAACGGGGCUCUCUGGAAAUAUCAGAGGUGUGGCCAGGGUUCUCUUCAAAAUCUUCGAAUUCCUUGCAGCUCGCACCGCUGAGGAGGGCUCCCGCUUGGUGGUCCAGGCUGCGUCGGCGGGGAAACAGACUCAUGGAAAGUACCUGCGGGCUGGCGCUGUGCAAGCGUGUGCUCCUAUUGCCUUGGACGAUGAAAGAGCCGCGUAUGUGUGGGAUCUGCUCUGCGGGAAGCUGGAGAAGCUGCAGCCGGGCAUCUUGCAGAAUAUUCAGUGA